CCCUACCCCUCCCCCCAACCCCUCCACAUUAUAAACAAACCCAGGCUGGCCAGUUACGAACGGUUGUAAUUUGAGAUAUUUUGGUGUGCUGAACAAAGAGAUAUUGGGAAAAAAUUCAGAGAAAUAUUCGAGUAAGGGAUUGGCGCAUCUGUUGAAACUUUGGUGGGCAGAAUUGACGCAAAAUGUCUAAGAAAAACAAGAAAGAACUUACGAAGCUUGACUUCUACGAGAUACUCGGGAUAUCAAUAGGUGCCAAAGAACAAGAGAUAAGAAAGUCAUACAGAAAGGAAGCUCUCAAAUGUCAUCCAGAUAAGAAUCCAGAUAACCCAGAUGCUGCUGAGGAAUUUGACAGACUUAAGAAGAUCCUGGAGAUUUUGUUAGAUCCAGGUACACGUAGAGCAUAUGACAAGGUACUCAAGAGUCGUAAGGCAGCAGCUGUGAGGGCCCGUGAAGUUGAUGCCAAAACACAGAGGCUCAGGUCAGAUUUGGAGGAGAGAGAACGACGUGCCCAGCGGUCCAGGGACCCACAACUGUCAGAGGAGGAAAAAUUUCGACGUGAACUAAAACGAUUAGAAGAGGAGGGUGAGAGACUUAUUGAAGAAGAAUUGACCCGAGUAAAUAAGCAAGUUGAGGAGGAGUUAUCUAGAGGUACAGCUAAAGUGUCCAAGAGUAAAGAAACACCAUCCACAGACUCAAAUGCACAUAGGGUAAAAGUCAAGUGGGCAGCAACAGAGGACUGGCCGGGGUAUACAGAGCAGGAUAUUCACCAGCUCUUCUUUAAGUGGGGAGACAUCAAUGCUCUAGUGAUGCAGCAGAAGACCAAGAAGGGAACAGCAUUAAUUGACUUCAAAACCAAACAAGGAGCAGAUAUGGCAGUACAGUUUGAGAAAGGUCAAGUUGGUAAACCAUUAGAAGUUUCAUACAUUGUGGAGAAACUUCUGAAGCAGCCCAAGCCUGACAGAAAAACAGAAAAACAAGAAGAAUCAACAUUAAAACCAAAUUUAGAUUAUGAAUCAAUAACAGCCAUGAAUCAGCGGAGACAAGAUGAACGGAGAAAGCUAAUUGAACAAAUUAUGAAAGAAGAAGGGAUGACGAAGUGAUCAUAUAUAAUAGUCAUUGAAACAGACCAGUGAAAUUUUGUCCCCUCAGAAUUUUUUUUGUUUGUACGAUUAAUUAGAAAAUUCUUGUCUUUGUGAAUGAGUCCUUUCAUAGUUAAAUUUGAAAUACAAGUG